CUCAGGGGAUCUUCUACGGUAUGUCUAUAUGUCUAUAUGUAUUUGAUGUCUGUUGUGUCUGUGUCAGCCAAUGCAGGUUGUGGUUGAAGCUUGUAUCAUAAAGUUCAACUGGUUCGCUGCACCUUGUCACAGGAAGCCUACAGUUCUUCUUCUCUUUUUUUGUAACUAAGAUGCAGCGAGGGUACAAAAUUGAACUCCCUCCAUUUGCUUUGUGGGUUUGUGUGUCUUUUUGGUUGUUUUUAAGCCAAGAACAUUCAUAAAUCUUUAUCUAGGUACUGCAUGUGACACACACCCUGCAAAAGUUCUCAGGAUGUGUGUUCAUGUUUUUUUUUAUUUUAAUUUUUUUUUAUUGGAGAAACGAGAGAGGUACAUAACUUUUUUUGUGUUGGGUUGUUUAAUAUAGAAAACUGUCUGUGGUGUGUGUCAUUUUUGUUUUAAUUAAUUCAAAUUUUCAUUGAGAUUACUCCCUCACAGAAACCAGUCCCCCAUUGAGAGCAGGAUAUUCUCAUAGCACAGUCACAAACUUUACUCCUCCUCCUCUGGCUCGUUCUUCUCAAACCGGCCACCCACACAUGAAUUUGCUUCUACAGUUAAGGUAACUGAGAAAUCAGGACGGCAGCAGAGAUAGGAUGAGUAGACGAGCCCGUGUGACAAGAGAAGACUGAAAUGUCAACUCUAGUGCUGUUCACAGUGUCAUUCGUGGUCAUGAUGGUGUCAGGUCAGGAAAAUGUGGAUCUGGAUGAUACAGAGAAAAGGAUAUACAUUGCCUUUGGCUCCUCUUUGGCCCUGCAUUGCAAACUGGAGACAAGAAACUACGCAAGGUUUCUAGUGCAAUGGUUUUUCAUUCCCUCUACAACCAACGAGUCACUAAGCAUCUUUCAAAGGGUGGUUACAAAGGAAAUCGGCACUGAAAUGACACACACCGUAUCAAAUGUUACACUCAGUGGACGGUACAAAUGCAGCGUCAAGGACGAAAUUACCUUACUUUCAAGCAAUUGCAGCAAGACGGCCCAUGUGACAUUUAUGAAGAACUUAAUGGAAACGACAGAAAACCCGUCACUUGUGCCGAAUAAAACAGCCACAGAAUCAAACAACCUCCUGGGCAUUGACUGGGGGAUAUGGAUCAUUUCGUCUGUUUCACUUCUCAUUCUGAUCCUUUUGCUGGUUUUGUGCCUCACACUGAGAACAUGUCAGAGGAGCAGAGGAGAAGAGCCCAUUUACGCGAACACACGUCCUGUGGCCAACAGACAGCCUUCACCUCGAGUUGGGACGUUGACCACUAACCCGAAGACUGUUCCCUCGUCCAUGAACCACUGGACCUCCGGCACCACAGGCAGGAAAUAUGAGCAGAGCACACGCAGAGCCAAACCGACAGGCGGCCACAGAGCUCUUGUUUAGGAACACUGCUCUUUCUGAAAACAACUGUGUUGUCGAUGCAACAGAAGCUGUUCUAAGGCCUUUUUUUGACAGACAGUGUUUUGAUAUUUUCCUAUGAUUUCCUUAUAUUUGUGUUCAUACCGAUUAUAGAACUUCAUAAUAUAAUCAGGGAUCCUGUUUCUUCACCUGGGCAUUUUAUGUAAAUACGUUUUCUAUUUUCUAUUCUCUGUUAUUUUAAUAUAAUUAAUGAUGGUGCAGAUGAUAAUAAGUAACAACAGUCAACAUCAAAAACGAGUGUUUCAUUAUGGAGUCCUUUCUGGAAAAUGAAUCUCUUUGUAUGGAGUGUUUAUUAAAUGAAUGAUGGAAUUAAGUGCAAGAACUUUGAUCAUGUGUGAAAUGUGCACAUUUAAAAAAAAAUAGAAAACCUUUGUGUGCAGAGAAAUGCUACUCUUCAUGCCCACUCAUGCUGUUGUCACAGUGGAAACGUUUUUAAAAGCUUCGUUUGAAAAUUUCCGUCGUGGUCUCAUCAGACCACCAAAACAUGUUUUCACAGAUUUGAAUCUUUACCUAACCGAUGCGGGGUUUUUGAACAGGGUUUAGUUGGGGCAAUUUGGGACAUAAUUUGUCUGUUAAAGUGUUUGCAACCCUCUUCCAUACCCAACAUAUUAUACUAAGUAAUGAGUAAACGUCAAUGUACCUUUAAACCAGUGGCUUUUUAACCAAUGGCAUUACUUUUGUAUUCAAAUGUGAGAAUUCCUCUGUGCAGAUUAUGACAUUUGCUUAAAAAUGCAACUCAGCUAAUGGCUAAUAAUCCUCCUACAGUUUGGAAUAUAUAUUUAAUAUUAUUUCUGAACACAAACAUACAGUGAGUCUAUGGCUAAACAUUAGUAUAUAUAUAUAAUGCUUUUAUAUUUUAUAUAAUUAUUUUAGUUUUUAGUUAAGUCCAAUAUGUAUAAAUAAAGAUAAUAACAAUUGUGCUGUCCCUGUUAGGCUUCUUAAAAGACAGAUACUGUAUAUUUUUCAAUGUUUGACAUUGACACUCGCUAUUCUCAACCACAAGGUGGCAGUUGGUGCCCGUGUCGUGUAUAAAAAUUUAAUUAUUAAUUUAUUAACAUUUAAAAAAAAAUGUUAGUGAUAGUAUAGGAUUCGUACUAUUAAUAUUUAGGAAUGGGCAAGUUUUGUUUUGAACUUGAAUUAUAAU